UUUCCGGCCACGUUACCACCUCCGUUCGGUGUGACGUCAUCAGACUGCGCCGUGUUGUUGACAGCAGAGUUGAGCAGCAGAGAGAAGAAUGCAGGAAAAAGUGACUAAAGUGUUCGUUUAACGGAGCAGCUGCUGGCGGGUUCGGCGCGGUUUAACCUGCUGCAGCGACAGUUCAGCCGCUGCUGGAGGACACCUGGCUGAAGGCUGCGGCGCCUAUAAUGGAGUGUUUUCUGUGACUCUUCCAGCAGACUCUCGGGGUGCAGCUCUCGUAGCUCCACACAGAAUGAGUCGUGAUGAAGAGACCAAAGCUGGCCGGAGUUUUCCUCUUCGUGGGCUGCCUGCUCGCCUACCUGAUGUUUGUGAAGCGUCACUACACCGCCACAAAGCCCGAAGCCUACAGACGACCUCCCCAGCCCGGCUCGGACCGGCUCGGAGACGAUAGGCCCGCCUCUGCUGCCGCUGGACGGAGCUUCCAGUAUGGCAUCAUGUUCGAUGCUGGGAGCACUGGGACCAGAAUCCACAUCUUCAAGUUCCAGAUGGAGAACAAAGGAGCUCCAAAACUGGCCCACGAGACGUUCAGGGCCAUCAAACCCGGACUGUCUGCGUACGCCGACGACCCCGAGCAGUGUACAGCAGGAAUCAUGGAGCUUUUGGAGGUGGCGAAGUCCAGCGUCCCCCCCUCCAUCUGGACCUCCACCCCCGUGGUCCUGAAGGCCACCGCCGGCCUCCGCCUGCUGCCUGGAGAGAAGGCCACACACCUGCUGGACCAGGUGAGGGCGCUGUUUCUGGAGUCGCCCUUUCUGUCCGGAGACGACAGCGUGUCCAUCAUGGACGGCACUGAUGAAGGGAUUUCUGCCUGGAUCACCGUCAACUUCCUCACAGGUGAUCUCCACAGUGCCGACUCCCCCACGGUGGGGAUGUUGGAUUUGGGGGGCGGGUCGACCCAGAUCACUUUCAGCCCUCAGGACGAGAAAACCAUCCAGACCUCCCCCAUCGACUUCAUCAGGUCCUUCCAGGUGUUCAACAGCACACACACCGUCUACACACACAGUUAUCUGGGUCUGGGUCUGAUGUCGGCUCGACUCGCCGUCCUGGGAGGCGUCGACGCUUCGCCUCUAGGGGGCAGCACUGAGCUGGUCAGCCCCUGCCUUGCUCCAGAGUACUCGGGCACGUGGGAGCACGCUGACGUCGUCUACACCGUGAAGGGACAGAAGGCAGGGGAGACGGCUUACGAGGCGUGUCUGACCAAAGUGGAGAAGGUUCUGUACAGGAAGGUGACGAAGGCGUCCGAGGCAGCCGACACGGACUUCUACGCCUUCUCCUACUACUACGACCGAGCCGUCGACCUCGGAGUCAUCGAGGAGAAGGAGGGAGGAACCAUUAAAGUGUCUGAUUACAUCACUGCAGCUAAAAGAGUCUGCAGCGGCCUGUCCGUCAGUCCUCCACAGAGUCCCUUCCUCUGUCUGGACCUGGUCUACAUCUCAGUCCUGCUGCAGGAGCUCGGAUUCCCCCCACACAAACAGUUCAAGCUGGCGAGGACGAUCAACCAGGUGGAAACCAGUUGGGCUCUGGGAGCGACUUUUCAUUACAUCGAGUCCCUGAAGCGACACUGAAUGUUCUGAGGAGAUCGUGGACUUCCUGAAGAUCCCCAGACUCAUUGUGACCUCAUACAGCACCCAGACCCUGAUCCCCAGAUCUCUGUGGAGCCCGACACCUGCUGGUGAAAAGCAGCUUCUGAACCGCUGUUCCUAUUGGCUGGUCCCAGGUGAUGUCAUUUUGGACCCAAUCAAAAACAGAUAAGUGGAAAACCAACCCGAACCUGAACCUGCAUCCGUUAAGACCCCACCUGAAAGUGGACCUGAGGAUAAUAAGCAGUUUAGUAGGAGUUCUGGAGCUUUCGAUCAGAUCAGGUUUGUCGGCUUUUCCUCAAAGAGCAACUUACCGCAACAGUGACUGAAAGUCAGACGUUUAACUUCUCACCGCUGAUGUACAGGUGUGUGACAUCGCUGUUGGGUGUGGUUACAGGUGAAGCCUUCAGCCAGAGAGGACAGAGAAACACUCGUCUACACGCGAGGCGUAAUUUUACUCCCUCGUAACUACAGCGAUCGCAGGUAUGAGCGCUGAAGCUGCUGGUGCUAACGUGCUGCUAACGCUACGCCUCCCGCGUAGACACGGUGUUACUACAGGCUCCACCUGCGGAUGCAGCGCUGCUGCUACUGGACCACAUGCUGUUCGACGUGUCGGACGUUCGUGUGAAUGUGAAGGAAAAUCAAUAAGCUCCGCGUCUUCUUCCAGCCGCCGCUUUCCGGCUCCUCGCGCUAACAGAAACGUGGCGUAGCUCCGCCUGCCGACGUCUGUUUGAUGGUGAAACACAGGAAGAACUUCAGACCAAAGACUCACCUGGUUUAAUGCUGAGCGCUGACUCCUCCCCGCCAGCCAAUAGCAGAAGGACACGUCAGUACCUGCUCUUCACCAGCAGCUGUCAGGCUUCACACACACCUGAACCGUGUGACAUCACGUCUGACCGUCCAAUCAGAUGCUCCUCAGGUGGAUUCGGCUCCGGUUCCCUUUUAAGCUUUGAAGGACGAGUUACUGAAACUCAGUUUCCUCUUUUUCUGAACAAAGUGACCUCAUGGAAACGCACACACACUCUACACACUCCACACACACACACACUCUACACACUCCACACACACA